UCCUCCACUGGAUUCCAAAAGCCAGCUCAUUCCAACCACCGUCCGCAGUCCUGCUUCCAGCCAUAAAUAGGCAAGGUCUUCCUCCUCCACCUCCACCACCGCCACCAUCAACAUCACCACCGCCAUGGCCACUUGCCCGCUUCUCAUGGUGAUGACUUUAGCCGCAUUGCUCGCCCUCACCACCCCCCUUGACGGAGCCCAACCGGCCGCCCCCGAGCCGGCACCCGAGCCUCUCAACAUCACCGCCAUCCUCGUCAACGGCACCAACUACAACACCUUCAUCCACCUCCUCCGCGAAACCCAGGUAGACAUCCAGAUCAACGAGGAGCUCAACGACCUGGCCAACGCCUUCACCAUCUUCGCCCCCACUGACGCCGCCUUCAAGAGCCUCAAGUCCGGCACCCUCAACACCCUCGUCCAGCAGGACCAGGUGGGGCUAGUGCUCUACCACAUCCUGCCGCGCUACUACAGCCUGGACAUGUUCGAGACGGCGAGCAACCCGGUGCGCACCCAGGCGUCCGGCAACCACGGGGCGUACACCAUCAACGUCACCACCGACAGCAACAUGCAGGUGAACAUCUCCACGGGAAUCGUCCACACCCGCAUCGCCAAAAAGAUCUUCGACGACUCCCAGCAGCUGGCGGUGUACUCGCUGGACAAGGUGCUGUUGCCGUACGACCUCUUCGGGCCAAAGCCUCCGGCGUCGGUGCCCCCGACGGCCGGUGGGAAGAGCCCGUCUGGGAAUUCGACAGCCGCGGAGGAAGGGACCAGCGGAGCUGGCUUGCAUGGGAGGGGUGUCGGAUGGAGCCUCCUUGUGGGCGGAGGGCUUGUAGCCAUUGCCGGUUAUCUAUUCUGAGGUGGAAUUGGACGUGGUAAGAGUGCUCUGUUUCAUCCCAUUCCAACCAUUCGUUCUUGCUCUUCCCUCACUGUGCCAUGAGCGGGUGUUACUGUACGUACCUGCACCACAUCUUCCUUCACUUUUUUCUUAUGGUUUCUUCUCUGUUUUUGUGAUCUAGUGCUUGAUGCUGUUCUUGUUUCGUCCGCUGUAUUAUUCCUGAGACUAAUUCUGACUACUACUUGUAAAUCCAAUGAACAAUCAUGCAAUGGAACACAAUGUCUCAGGUAAGUCUUGGCUAA